AUGGAUCAACAUUUGGAAUAUUCUCCUUAUUUUGGUAUUCCAUUACUUUGUGAUUAUAUAAUUUCACAUGUCGUGAAUGUUAAGAAAUGUCCUUCAGUAUUGCUAAAUGCUGCUAAAUUUAAUCAAAAAGAAAUUUUUGAGCUCAUACUGAAAAAUGGAGUUAAUUGCAAUGUUCGUGAUAAAAAUAACAUAAGCUCGCUUCAUUUUGCAGCAAUAAAUGGUAAUAAAGAGAUUGUAAAUAUACUAUUAUUUCAUGGUAUAGACAUUAACUCUAGAGAUAAUAUGAAUAAAACAGCUCUUCAUUAUGCAACAGAAAAUAAUCACAUGGAGCUUGUAGAAUAUCUUAUAUUUCAUGGAAUUAAAAUUAAUGCUCUAGAUUCAAAUAGAAUAUCAGCAAUUGAUAUUGCAAUCAAAAAAGGUUACAAUGAUAUUGGAAUGUUACUUUUAAAUCAUGGUGCUAUAAUCAAUUUAUACGAUGAUGAAUAUAAAUUACACUAUCCUGUAUCAAGAAAUAAGAUAAUUGUUGUUCAUUAUCUUCUUAGGAGUGGUGCAGAUGUGAAUAAAGAGGAUCAACAUAAGAAGACACCUCUUCAUAUUGCAGCGGAAAAAGGGUUUUGUGAAAUUGCUAAAAUUUUAAUUGACCAUGGAGCAGCAAUCAAUCUUAAAGAUGAAAAUGAGAAAACUCCAUUAUGCAUUGCAAUUUCGUGUAAUUAUCCAAAAAUAAUUGAACUUCUUAUUGAAAAUGGAGCUGAUCUCAAAGCAAUAGAUGAUCAAAAAAAGACAAUGCUUCAUUAUGCUGCAGAAAAUAAUAUGAAAGAAUUAUCGAUUUUCUUAAUAUCAAAUGGUAUUUGUAUCAAUUCAAAGGAUCAAUAUAAUAUGACUCCGUUCUAUUAUUCAGUAUUUCAAAAAUGUAUUUAUUCUAAUAAGAUAAUUGAUAAUUUUGAGACUGCAGAGUAUCUUUUGAAUUUAGGUGCGAAUAUCAAUGAAAUAGACGAAUUUGGCCAAAAUCCACUUCAGAUUGCAGCCAUGAAUGGAAAAACUGAGCAAAUUUCCUUUCUCUAUCAUCAUGAUUGUGAUCUAAACUCAAAAGAUAUGUAUGGAAAAUCGGUGUUCCAUUUUGCAGCAAUGAACCGGAACUUAGAAGUUGCUGAACUUCUAUUGUCGAUUGGAGCUGAUAUAAAUGCAAGAACCAAUAUUGGGGAAACUGCCAUUCAUAUUGCAAUAAACGCUAAUAAUAUAGAAAUGGCAAAAUUUUUUAUCAUGAAUGGAGUUGAUAUAAAUGCCAAGAAUUGCCGAGGAGAAACUGCACUUCACUAUGCAGUUCAAAAAGAAUGGAUAGAAUCAAUAGAAUUUCUAAUCAGGAAAGAUAUAAAUAUCAAUGAAAAAGAUAAUCAUGGAAGAACAGCAUUGCAUUUUGCUGCGAUAAAAAGUACUGAUGUAUGUGUGAGCACUCUUUGUAAAUACCGAUUGGAUAUUCAAGCAAAAGACGAAAAAGGAAAAACUGCUUUACAUUAUGCAGUUACUCAUUCCGAUGAUAGCGUCAGAAUUCUUAUUAACCAUGGACUUGAUGUGAAUAUAAGGGAUAAUAAGGGAAAUACCCCGCUUCAUAUUGCAAAACGCCGAGAUGAAAAAGAGAUUGAAAAAACUCUUAUUUCCUUGGGAGCUGAUACAGGUGCCAAAAAUAAUAGAGGCCAAACUCCUUAUUACAUUGAACAAUCAGUUAAAAGAUUGAAAUUAAUUGUAUGCAUCACGGGGGUAUUUCUAUAUUUGUUAUUUUUAUAUAAUCGUGGGAUUUUAGGUUGGACGAUAAGGCAUCUGUUUGUAAUUUGGGAAUUUUUGAAACUUUUUUUUGUUUAUGCUAUAUGUAUUCAAACUCCAAUAGCAAUAUUUUGUAAUCUUUUAUAUUAUCAUCACUGGUAUUGA